CUAAUUUUAAUAGCGCUAUCUAGUCUCUGAGACAACAUAUAUCUAUGUUAGUUAGUUAUAAGCGAAUUAGUACUGCUGAGUAAUAAAAAAAAUGUUUGCUUAGAAACUGCAUUUUUAUGAUAUAAUAUUAAAAAAGCUAAUAUUUAUGUACUAAUUCGAUGGCUCAGUCUUUCAAAUUCGAAAUAAUUUAUUUUGUAUGAUAUAAUAGCUAAAAUAAUAUACAACCUUUUAAGUCAGUACAAAUUACUUGUAUCUAGUAUGGUGAUAAAUAAAUAAUUACGUUUAUUAUAUGAAUGCUAGAUAAUGUUUGUGUAUGUGUAGGUGUCGGUAAUGUUAUACAAUAACAACCAUUAAAUCCUUCUCUUCUGUGUAACUCAAGAUUUGCAUCCAUUGGUAUAAUUCUUGUAUUUUUUAUAAUUAUUAUAAUAAGAUUAUUUUAAGUCACUUUCAUUGCAUCACGUAAUUAUUACAACUUUUUCAUCUUACUUAUGAUCAUGAGAGUAUACAUGAGAUAAUACGAUUUUCACUCGUAUCUAGUAAUCAAAACAGUCACAACAGUAUUCUCUGAGACUAGAUGGUGCUAAUCAAAUUAGACUCACGGUCGGUAAAACGGUCAGGAAGCGCCGCGUCAUUUUUAGAAGUCUAAAUGAUAAUUAAAAAACAUUGUUCACAAUAAAAUACAUAACAAUCUAGUCGUAAGCCAGAAACUUAAAUACGCGUCUAGAAAAUUUUAAUCUUUACACAAUGAAAUUAAAUAAUUACUUCAUUUUCGUUUACUUCUUGAGUGAUUUCGCUAUUUCAAAAAGUGAUUCAAGCUGUGAUAAGUCAAAUGUUGCCUUAAACGAAGGAAAUAUUGGCGAAAAUGGCAACUUGCCCUGGCUGGGAGUUCUACGAGUACAUAUACAUAAAGGUACAUUAUUCCAAACGGCUGUGACUGGUAUACUAUUAGUAAAGACCAACUUCGCUAUAGCCAAUUCGGGGGAUGUCAACAGAGUGUCUAAACACGUUCUUAAGACAGAUAGUAAAGCGAUGUUUAUAACAACGAAUAAAACACCGGUGUACUAUAGAAUCCACGACGUGAUGACACAUCCGGAAUACGAAUUUGAAACAUAUAAUUCUAUAGCGUUAUUGGAAUUAAUUGUAAAUAUUUUUCAUGACAAAAAUCGGAAUUUGAAACCAAUAUGUUGGCCGAACUAUAUGUACAAUACGUCAACGAAUUUGUAUGCAUUGGGUUAUACAGAUGAAAAUAAAUUAUUGGAGAAAGUUGUAUUCAAAAUGCAAUAUGUCACCCGGCCAUUAUGUGAGGAGUUUUACAAUAGGGCCAAUCUAGCACAAGAAUCCUUGCCGCAAUAUCAGUGUGGCUUUGCAAUGUAUAAUACAAAAAAUUGUGAUUGGGAGAAUGGAAUGGUAUUCGCCUCGAAUUCAACCGGUACAUGGACUUUGAUUGGCUUUGGUUUACGUGGCCCAAGUUGCAGAGGACCAGUUAGAUUUUUGGAUAUCUAUCCAUACCUCAAUUGGUUUACAGCUGCCACAGACCUUAUUAUAGCCAGAUACGAAAAAUGAAGUAAAUAUGUGCAAAUCAAAA